CCACAUUAAUAUAAAAGUAUCGAAUGAUAAACAACUACUCGUUGGGUGUAGGGAGACAGGAUCGGUGUACUUUUCAGCCCUAUCUAUUUCGUUCGUACAUUUUCCAUGCAUCUUAAAUGACCUUCGAAACAAUGAAUGCGUUAAUCUACUUUGUUAUAAUGUUAAUUAUAGUGAAAGGAAAUGGUUUAAAUCUGAGAUCAUCCGUCAUUCUGGACGAUGGGGGCUAUGCCAACAUCGCCGUUGCUAUUGAUGAUUCGAUACCGGAGAAUAUGGAUUUAAUCACGGCAAUACAGGAUAUGUUCAGGGAUGGAUCUAGGUUUCUUUACCAAGCUACUCGAAGGCGAGUCUUCUUCAAAAAUGUCACCAUCCUCAUUCCAUCUCACUGGACCCCAAAAUCAGAAUAUGGAUCUCCAGGUCGACUGACCUUUGACACAGCUGACGUCAUUGUUGCCGAACCGAACCCAAUCUGGGCCCCUGAACCAUACACCCAGCAAGUCCUCGGGUGUGGACAACCAGGAAGUUUUAUUCAUUUUUCACACAAUUUCCUUCUUGAUGACGGAGUGACAGACAUUUAUGGAGAAUUAGGUCGAAUUCUUGUACAUGAAUGGGGUCAUUAUCGUUGGGGGUUAUUCAACGAAUAUCCGGAUGAGGUAGGGGAUGCAGAUCACGUGGUACAUUUCUACCAAUCAAUGGUGGAUUUGCUAUGGAAGCCAGUUACUUGCUCUCAGGAAUACGAAUGGAAUCCAACGAGAAUCGUUCAGAUAAUGGGUGUCAAUUUUUAUGGAGUGUGCGAUGACAAGUUGGCGAAUGGAUAUGACAACGAAUGCAUUGUGCUUACAACAUCAGCAGGACAAGCCACCGGAUCUAUCAUGCACGGCCCAUUAACAUUCCCGGAGAUAAUUAAUUUCUGCGACGACAAUUCCUCUGAUACUGGAAACCUUCAUAACAGGGAAGCACCAAAUAAACACAAUCGACUCUGUAAUGCAAGAAGUGCCUGGGAAGUCAUGAGAGAACAUGAAGAUUUUACUGCAGAUAAUUAUUCUUCCCCUCCUUACCUGAGUGAUGCCCAACUUGAGCCUAGUUUUCAUUUGGUACAAGCAGGUAGCGGAGAUGAAUGUCGGGUAGUCCUCGUUCUAGACACAUCAGGUAGCAUGGGGAGCGCAAAUCGAAUUGGCAAAGUGAACAGUGCUGCCACUGCUUUUGUGAACCUUGUUGAUGACGGGCUAUGGUUAGGUGUCGUCACUUUCACACGCUCACCGACGACCGAAAAAGAACUGACACAGAUUACAACUCCAGCUGAGAGAGACUCGCUGCGUGGUAUCUUUGACCUGACUGCCAAUGGAGGAACUUGCAUUGGCUGUGGACUUGAAAGAGGUUUGGAGGUUUUAAUGGGGCAUCCGUCUGGAACGGCUGACGGUGGACUCAUUCUGUUGAUGACUGAUGGGAUUGAUGGUGGAAUAGACAACCAUCCCGUCCGUCAAACCUUGAUGAAUAUUGGCGUAAGGGUUAAUACAGUGGCUAUUGGAGAAGAUACCAAUGGUGAACUCAAUAUGAUUGCACAGGAAACGGGAGGGACAGCUAUAUUUUAUCCAGAUAAUGGUAACUCUGACAUUGUUAGUGCCCUGACACAAACCGUGGAGAUGUGUACAACAGCAAAUAACAUCGGUAUUCAGUUGGUUGGUGAAGGAUUCUCACUAGAAAUUGGAGGUAUUCAAACAGGCAGUCUUAAUUUUGAUAUCUCAAUCGGCAACAGGACGCAGUUCAUUGUUACGUAUACGUCUUCUUCUAGUUCAACUGCUCCAGGAGUAAAUGUGGUAAUUACACAACCAGACAGUUCGACGAUCGCAGAAGAUAAUCAACAAUAUACUGUCGACACAAACAGAAAUGUCAUCACCAUAGCAGUCGAUGGACUGGCCAUGAGUGGCGAAUGGUCGUAUUCAAUAGAGAAUGCGUUUUCAGGACUUCAAUCUGUGACCUUCUCCGUGUUUUCAAGAAUCAAUAUGGAUGUAGAUGAAGAGCCAAUUGUCAUGACAUCAGGUGUUGGUAAUUCGGUCCUCGAUUUAUCUGCGGGCGUCAAACCACUGAGCGCCUUCGUCAAACUCAGUAAAGGUUUCCGACCUGUCGUGAAGGCAAUUGUUCGUGCUAUCGUGGAAAAACCCGGUGGAUCUGUAGCUGAUCUCAUAGAGCUUCGUGACGAUGGUGCAGGCGCUGAUAUAACAGCCAGUGAUGGCAUCUACUCCCGUUUCAUUACGAACAUCACGGGAACAGGGUUCUACGGUAUUCGUGCAAUUUCUGAGAACGACGGAUCAGCGAUCAUUUUGACCCGUGCUCGAACAGGGCUAUCGAGGGUUCAAGCUGCCCUUCGAGUGGCUGAUGAUGGGACGAUAAUUUCUCCGGGAACUAUUGGCGCUUACGAAGUACGUCUUCCUGGAGUUGAGUCCAGCCAGAGCCUACAAGGUGUACCUGCACCAGCAUUUACUAGGAGUUCUUCGGUCGGUUCAACAACGAUUAGAAACCUCCCUGCUGGAUUUACUCCGGGCCAGGACCUGUUCCCACCAGCUAGGGUUCAGGACCUACGGGUCACAGUGACGUUUGUUGGGAACUCGACUUUGGUUCUCACUUGGAUAGCUCCUGGCGAUGACCUGGACACAGGAACGGCAACAUAUUAUGAUAUCAGAGUUGGUAACUCUUCCAGUCAGCUCCUAGGUGAUUUUUCCAACGCAACUGAAAUAAGCCAAUCCAGUAUUCUCGCGGGAAACUUAUCCUCGCCAAUGCCAUCAGGUUCAGUAGAAACAUUCAUCAUCGAGGUACCGGAUAUGACCGAGUUAAAUUCCUUCUCGUACAGCUUCGCUCUACGCGCAGUAGAUGAUGAUGGGAAGUCAAGCCCGAUAUCGAAUGUUGCUAUAGCAACCUUCAGACGCUUUAUACCGUCUCCUACUUCUCCUACUCCUCCUGGUCCAUGUAACGGUACAGCAUGUAUGAACGGUGGAGAACUUGAAGAGUCUACCUGCACCUGUUCAUGCACAGAUGAUUUUCAGGGGAACCUCUGCCAACAUAACAAAACGCAGUUGCGGUACGGUGUGCAGAUUCAUCUUCGAGCCAACAUUAGCCAGUGUGGCCAGCUUCUAGAUUCCCUCCUUACUGCAUCGAGUGACCAGCUCAAUGAUUAUUGCCUCAACGAGUUCGAAUCUUGCUGCCCUGGAGAAGGGAUCGUGAACAGACCUCAAGGAAAUUACGUAACUGAUGGAGGAAUGAUGAUAGCAGAUGGUUAUCCGAUAUCGGCAGACCAAUCGGAUGGUUGCUAUGUGGUUCUUUUCGCCAUUCGACCGAACGAACCAGAGUUGUGCGGAUCGAAUAGACGAAGAAAAAGAAGCAAGAUGGAAAUACGAGUGAAGAGACAACUGCCAGUACAAUCAGUUUUCGUACCCCAGGGCCUGCUCCUUGGUGCCCUUUCUUUACGGGAAUCAGCUAUAGAGAUCGCUAUCGGUACAUACAUCUACAGUAUAACAUCACCUCACGUAGAAGGUGAUCGUGGAAGUACGGUGCCAGCAUUCGUGAUCGGCGUUGCAGUCGCAGCAGUGAUCAUCUUCAUACUUCUGAUCCUCUGUCUUUUCGUUUGUUGCGCGAGAGUGUCUAUCCGAAAUGAAUAUUUGAAGGAAAGAUAUUACAACCAAGACCGAAAGACGAGACAAGGGCCAAGAUUCGUUGGCGAAGACCCUACGGGAAGGAAUAUAUCCACGAUCAGCGAAAGACCUCAUUUACGAAUCAAUCCUGUCAAUUCACGUCGAAAGCCUGAUGGUAGUCAAUUGCGACAUCUAAAUGAUCCAGGAGAAAAUAUUUACCGAAUGGAAUCAUACCCGAUGUCGAUUUACCAUAGACCAUACGAAAUGUGAAAUUUCCUCUACGACUAAUCAAUAGCACAUUCAGAUAAAACCACUGAUUCUGACACUAUGUGCACGAAACUGACCGUGAUUUCAAUAUUGACAUUCAGUUCGCAUUCGGUUUAUUUCGAAAGAUUUUAACAAACUUAGUAUACGAUUUAGCAUUGAAUUAAAAAGUUAAAACAAUGUAAAGUUUAUAUAUGUUAUUUGCAGUUAUAUUCCAUGUUGUUUAAUCCUAGGCUGCAAGCAUGCAGUCGUCUAUCCAUCUUACAAUACGGACGUAUUAAAAUGUAAUGACUUUUUCAGGGGCGGAUCCAGCCUUCGCCAAUAGGGGGGGGGGGGGGGGCCGGAAUUUUUUUUCAGCCAUAUUUUCCCCGAUCGGCCGCUCGAAGAUGAUUUUUGGUUUCUUUGAAGGGGUAGUCCUAAUCGUUACUUUUUAGCUUUAUUCUUAUUAAUCAACAUAAAUAUAUAGUAUCAUAAUCCUUAUUUAUAUAAUGCGAGCGCGAAGCAGAACAUUUUUGAUAUUGUGAUCUGAAACUGGAUAAUAAUAAUGUCCUUAGGACAUGUCAUCAUAAUUAUGAAAAUGAAGACUGUCUUCCUAUUCCUCUUGUCAAGCGCGAGAUGAAGCAAAAGGGACAAUUCAAUUAUUAAAUUAACAUCCUAUUCAUUAAUGCCUAAUGAGGGCGCGAAAUCUGAUGAUAUGAUGGCCUAAAAACUGAACAUAUCAAGCACUUUUGUAAUUAUAAAUAGGAUGCAUCAGUUAAUAUAUUAUUAUCCAUUAAUUCGAGCGCAAAUUGCGAGCCUAAAUCUUUUAUACACUGUCAUGAAAAGGGGAUUUUAAGUAGUUUUUUGUAUAAUCAAUAUUGAGACAUACAUAACUCGCCAAUCAAAAUACGAGUGUGCAGCGCUAGCUGAUACGUUUUCAAGUUUUGACAAUCAGUCCUGAAAAGGGAUAUUUUGAAAACUUUAUGGAAUACACGAAAUAGUUACCUGAUAAAUCAAAAUUUGCGACCGCGCAGCGCGAUCAGAAAAUGUUAAUAAUCAGACCAUAAAACUGGCAUUUUUACAAAGCACUUUUUAAAAAUCAAUUUGUAAAUCACACAAAAUAAUGAAAGUUCGAUUUUCGAGAUGAAAUAUGUUUUGUAUAUUGACUUCAAACUUGAUAUUUAAACUCCAUAUUGAACAAGAUAUGUAAAUCCCCUAAAAAGCAAUGCAAGCGCGAAGCGCGAGCGAAAAUUCUAUAUAGUGACAUGAAAGAUUUUCUUAAUUAUCUUUUAAGCCUUCCCCUAGCUCAUCUUAUUUUAUUCACUCGUCUUCCUCUCAUGUUUCCCCUUCUUUUUUCUCCUCUCUUUCCCUUCUUUAUCUUUUUUUUCUUUCUUUCGCCUUUUUUUUUUUUUUUUUGCUCCGCCAAUAGGGGGGGGGGGGGGAGGGGCCGGGCCCCUCGAGCCCCCCUGGAUCCGCCUAUGCUUUUUAUUGAAAUAUAUGUUGCCAAAUAUAUGUUAUAGUGGAAUAUCACGUGAUUAGUUGCCACUCUAAAUAUUUGAUAACUCUAUAUUGUAACAAGUCCAAGACAUUCAUUUGGAUUGACACAAAAGUCAAGGAGAAUGUACAAAUACAUAUUCCACAACCAUCAUAAACAUAGUCACGCAUAUUUUUUGUUUCUGGGGUGAGGGCAAGACGUGUAAAAAAAAUCGAGGAAACUUAAAAAGUGAGGGAUCGAAGCGACUUAACUUGCCAUGGGGGCACAAUCACUAUACAUUAUCAUAUUGAGAUUAAAGGAAUUUUGUGGAAAUUAUCAUGAAAAGGGUUUCCAAAAUUUCUGGGGAAGGCUAAUGCCCUCAGCCCGCCCUCUCCACUGCAUACGGCCAUAACCAUGGGCUAUAGCUGAGAAUAUAUCUGUAAUUAAUGGAUGUAUGAAAGCGAUUGGUCAAUAUAUGUUUUCUUUAUUUUAUACUGCAGGGUAGGCCUGUUUAUUAUUAUUUAUUUGAAUUUAUUUAUACAGGAUAAAAAAACAUGAUCAGCACAGCUGUUUUACAUCAUGGUCCUGAUACAACAGGUUAAAAAACUAAAUAUACAAAAAUCAUCAGAUUAAAAAUAACAAAUACAAUUCAAUUUAACAAAAUGACAAGGGAAUUUAUGAUAUAAAGCUACAAAAAAAUAACAUAGUAAUCUAAAAGAAUUACAAGUAACAAACAAAGUAUAUAUUAAUAAUUCACCCCCCCC